GGUGCCCAAAUUGUCCCAUUCAGUUUCUUGAUAGGCCGAUAGUUGUUUGGGUAAUUGGUCAAAAUGGGGUUCAGCUGAAACGGGUCAUUUUUAGUGCUGGUUAAAAAUGGGUUGGGCUGAGUCGGUCUGUGCUGCAAACACUCUCUCCUUUUUCGUUUGACUGGCGGAUAUUUCAAUGCUCACAGAUCCUAACGGACCAAUGUACUACAAUGGAGUGUACCAUAUGUUUUAUCAGUACAAUCCAUCUGGCCCACUCUUUGCUGAACAUAUGUAUUGGGCACAUUCGGUAUCACAUGACUUGAUCAACUGGACCCCACUCGACCUCGCCAUUGCCCCAACCGAACCCUUUGACAUCAUCAGUUGCUGGUCUGGCUCAGCCACAAUCUUCCCCGGAAACAAACCGGUCAUUCUAUACACCGGAAUUGAAUCCGAAAACCGCCAAGUCCAAAACCUUAUUGAACAUCCGUAAUGAACUCUAGAGUGAAGAAUGUGUUGAAGGUGGGAUUUUUUGAUUAUCAAAAAGACUACUACAUGAUUGGGGAUUACAAUUUUGUGAACGAAAACUAUGUUCCUCAAAAUGACCUUCAAGGGGUGGAAACCGUCUCAUGUUCAAAUCCGGUCUUCUACAAGGAACAGGCUUGAUAAAACGACAAAUGGAGCAUUUGUCGACAUAGAUCCUCAACAAGAUGAAAUUUCACUUGGAACCUUAAUAGAUCACUCGAUCGUCGAGAGCUUUGGAGGAGGAAAGACGUGCAUCACAGCUAGGGUUUACCCAACAUUAGCCAUUAAAGACGAAGCCCAUUUGUUUGCAUUUAACAAUGGAACAGAAAGCGUGUUGAUCACCAAGCUGAGUGCUUGGAGUGUGAAGAAAGCUCAGAUUAACACCGAAAUCUUUAUUGAUUAGUCAGUUUUAUGUAAUACUCCUAUUAUACAAGAAAUCUACAGUUUAACUUUUGAUUUUUUAUGGGAAAAUUAAUGAAUUGACAUAGGUCACUGAAGAUGGGAAGCUAAGCACUACCUGGUUGUCAGUGGGCAAAUUCAGUGUGAUAUGGAACUUCCACCAGGUGAAUGACGGGUUUCAUGAAGCCUACAGAAAAUUAAGUGGGACUGGAGCUGCUACUGCUACACCUAAAGACGACUUAAUUGUUGACAGUCGUUUCAUGCACGAGAAAUUUGCAGUUAGUGAUCCAUCGGAAGCUCCUCACUACUAGAAAAUUUGAAAUUUCUUACACCAGUUUUCGUAGGAAAUACGUUACAAAACAGGCUUUCCCACACAUUUGUGACAAAUACAUGAUGUAGGAAAAUGCCUCGUAGGAAACCUGUUUCCAACGCAUUUCCUACGCAAUUUCCUACCCAUUUCCUACAAAAUCGCCGUGUCACAAACUGCUACAGAUCUCCUACAACAAUUCAUAGUUAUUUUUAAUAUAUUAUUUAUGAU